AUGAAGUACUCUACUGUUUCUACUCUUGCUUUGGCAACCUUGGCUGGUUCCUCUGUUGCCGUUCAUGUCCACCAUGAACACAAGCGUGCUAUUGAUGUCAAGUACGUUUACAAGACCAUCACUGUUGAUGGUUCUGGUAACCCCAUCGACUUUGCUGUUGCCGAACCUUCGACUACUACUUCUCCUGCUUUCACCCCUGUUGCUGAGGUUGUCACCUCUUCUUCAGUUGCCCCUGCUCCUUCCAGCAGCUCUGUUGCCCCUCCUCCCCCUCCUCCUUCCAGCAGCUCUGUCGCUCCUCCUCCUGCUCCUUCCACCUCUUCAUCCAGCUCUGCUGCUCCUUCUCCUUCUAGCUCCACUGCUGCUGCUGCUGCCUCGAGCUCUUCUGCUCCUUCUUCUUCUUCCUCCUCUUCUUCUGGUGGUAUCAGCGGUGACUUGGCCGCCUAUGCCAACCCUACUGAGGAGUUCCAAGACGGUGUCAUUGACUGUACCUCAUUCCCUGCUGGUCAAGGUGUUAUUGCUCUUGACUGGCUCGGAUUCGGUGGUUGGUCUGGUAUCGAGCACCUUUCUGACGGUUCUACUGGUGGUUCUUGUACCGAGGGUGCUUACUGCUCUUACGCUUGUCAACCUGGUAUGUCCAAGACUCAAUGGCCCUCUCAACAACCCUCUAAUGGUGUCUCUGUUGGUGGUCUUAUCUGUCAAAACGGUAAGCUGCACAGAACCAACACCAACACCAACUUCCUCUGUGAGUGGGGAAAGCAAUCUGCUGUUGUUGUUUCUGAGUUGUCUGAGCCUGUUGCUAUCUGCAGAACUGACUACCCUGGUACUGAGAACAUGGUCAUCCCCACUCUUGUUGAGGCCGGUGGCUCUGCUCCUCUUACCACUGUUGACGAGGCUAACUACUACGUCUGGGAGGGUAAGCCAACUUCUGCUCAAUACUAUGUCAACAACGCUGGUGUUUCUGUUGAGGACGGUUGUAUCUGGGGUACCCCUGGUUCCGGUGUCGGUAACUGGGCUCCUUUGAACUUCGGUGCUGGUUUCUCCAACGGUAUUGCCUACCUCAGUUUGAUCCCCAACCCCAACAACAAUUCUCCUGCCAACUUCAACGUCAAGAUUGUCUCUUCUGAUGGCUCUCAAGUUAACGGUGACUGUGUUUACGAGAACGGUUCUUACUCCAACGGUGGUAACGGCUGUACCGCUGCUGUCAGCAGUGGCCAAGCCCAAUUCGUUCUCUACAACUAA